GUCAUCCUUGGUGAGGAGAGUUUCCAUGGGAUGUCUAAAAUGUCGUUUAAGAUCAGCUUAGCGAGACCUGCUCUAGCGUUUGAUUCAGAUGCUAUUCUUGCAUUAUACUCAGGAAACAGAAAGUUCCUGCAAGGCGUGCAAAUUUACUUGUUAUCAAGGGAUCAUUCCAAUUUGAAGUCCGAUUUUCAACAUGGAAAUGGCAAGAUAAUGGUUAAUUGCAUUGAAAAUCAGCCUGCUGCAGAACUGGUGUUGGGAAAACAUGUGUUCUUGUCUGUUGGCGAAUACUAUUUAAGGACAAAAACCGGGUAAUCUGAUUUCAGUAACUGGUCUAUUUAUACCGUAUACUUUAUUUUUGUGCCUUAAAAUUUUUGAAGUCUAUUUACUGACAAUAGAAAAACAAAAUGAUAGGCUACAUUAGCCUGGCAAAGUGUCCAC